AAUUUAUUUUUUCCCUUCCAGACGAGAAAAGGAUCCAGACUGCUAUAACCCAAGCAUGGCAAGCCGUAGAUCAAAUUGAGCGGUUUCGAAUUCCAUAAUUCCUCAAAAGAAAAUCACUUGAAAAGCCCUAGGAUGGGCUCGGCAGGUGCACCAGCAGGCGGUUUCGACAUGCAGAAAUUCUUCAAACCAGGCAGCCCUGCAAAUGCCGUGAUGCCGCCUCCUUCAGCUCCCUACCCGCCUUCUCAGUACCCACCUAAUUCUACCUAUUCCGCCGCAUCAUUUUCCUUCCCAGCCCAACAGCAGCAACAACAACAGCAGCAGUAUCUCCAUCAUUAUAACCCUAACCCUAGCCCACCAAAUCCUCGCCCCUAUACCGGCUUGCAAAACCAGUCUGUUUUUCCGCAGCCCACGAUACCGCCUCUGCCCUCCCCCAUCGCAAGCCCUCCUUUGGAUGGCGCGCGCUUAAUGGCUCUUCUUACUGCGCACAAUUCAGACAAUAACAACGGAAACAAUAGUAAUUUGCCUCUGCCUUUGUCAUUGCCGUUGCCUUUGCCUUCGAAUCUUGAGCUGCCACCGGCUGCCCUAAGCGCUCCCCAUAGUCACAUGGCCGCUAACUCUGUUGCGCCCCCGGCGCUGGCGCCCGCCAUUCCUACGGCUCCGCCACAGCCCCCCCCUAGCAGGCUGCCCAGUGGUAAGCUUCCUCGCGGCAGGCAUUUGGUGGGAGAGCACGUGGUUUAUGAUAUCGACUAUCACCUGCCUGGGGAGGCGCAGCCUCAGCUCGAGGUUUCGCCUAUUACGAAUUAUAGUUCCGAUCCACUUCUUGUAGUCGGACGGCAAAUUGCAGUCAAUCAAACCUACAUUUGCUAUGGAUUGCGGGCAGGGACCAUCAGGAUUCUUAAUAUCAAUACUGCACUCCGAGCGUUGCUUCGCGGCCACAGCCAGAGGGUGACAGAUAUGGCCUUUUUCUCUGAAGAUGUCCAUCUUUUAGCCAGUGCAAGUUCAGAUGGGAAGAUUUUUAUUCGGAAAAUUGUAGAGGGCUUUGGUGAUGAUGAAAAAAUACAGAUAACAGAGCAAACUCUCUUGGCUAUUCAGAUUGCAGGUGAUUGGGAGUCAGUUCAUCCACGUUUAUGUUGGCAUUCUCAUCAACAGGAUGUGUUAGUAGUGGGAAUCGGAAAGUAUGUACUUAAAAUUGAUAUUGUGAAAGCAAGAUCGGCUACACGUGGUGGUGGUGGUGCAUCUGAAGAGCCUGUCAAAUUCAAUGUCGAUAACCCAGUUGAAGGAGUCUAUUGCAUGGGUAAACAUGAUGGAGAUGUCACAGAUUUGUCUAUAAGUCAAUGGACACGUUGGGUGUCAGCAUCCAAAGAUGGAACGGUGCAAAUUUGGGGAGACAAGAAGAUUCUUCCUCUUGCAACAUUCAAGCCUCAUGACGCCCAAUCUGUUAGCUCAGUUGCAUUUUUGACAGUACCCCGUCGGUCUGAUCACAUAGUUCUUCUAACAGCAGGGCCUCUGAAUCGACAACUGAAGUUAUGGGUUUCUGCAAGUUCAGACAGUAUGUUGAUGUCAUCAGAUUCAGAAAAGUGGCAGUGUAUCCAGACUCUUGAUCUUAAGAGUUCUUCAGAACGGCAUGAAAAUGCUUUUUUUAAUCAAGUUUUAGUUCUACCCCGGGCAAAUCUGAUUUUACUGGCAAAUGCAAAAAGGCAUGCUAUAUAUGCAGUACACAUGGACUUUGGUUCUAAUCCUGCAGCUACAAGGAUGGAUUAUCUUGCAGAGUUUUCUGUAACAAUGCCUAUUUUAAGUCUUACUGCUACAAGUGACAAUGCGGCUGAUGGUGAAGGGAUAGUUCAGGUUUACUGUGUCCAACCCCAGGCGAUUCAACAAUAUGCCCUUGAUUUGUCUCUAUGUGUGCCACUGCCACCACCUGUAGAACUUGUAGCUUCAGAGAAGGAAAUUUCUACCACUCGUAUGUUUGAAGUAUCCCCCUCUUCAGCAUUUACACCUGUAGAACCAUCUCAUGGUAACAGUGCAGUUCAUACAACUGCAAGUGAUCCUCAAGCCAAAUCACCAGGGGCCUUGAAUGUUACUGAGAAGGCACUGAUGAGUAGAAGCCCAGUUUUGGUCAGUAAUAUGGAUGCGUCAAAUAUACAUGACCCAUUGGCUAUGUCUGGUGUGGAUGCCACUUAUGGUAUCUCUAUGCCUCCAGCUAUUCGUACUGAUAGUGCACCUUUAUCUUCUCAAGUUCCCGUCCCUUUAAGUCCGAGUUUCCAUGGAAGACAACAACCACCAAAAAGUCCAUCUAGAACCAUUGAGCAAGGGGUAGUACCUGUUUCUUCUGCUGGAGACCAAGAAUAUACAACACGACCUGAUAUGACUUCUUUUGAGACAAUUACUACAAAUCGUAAAGUGGAUGACAGUUUCAAGAAAGAUGAUGAAAAGCUAGGUCAAAAUCAACCGUCCACCACAAUGAAUACUACAAUUUCCAUUGAGAGCCAAAUAAGUUCCAACCCAACUCAUCUUGUAACUCCUUCACAGCUCAUGUCUUUAGCAAUGCCAUCUCUUGAUAAGAAGGAAAUAAAGAAAGGGGAUAACAAGCAUGAAGAUGCUAAUGUUAAUAAGGUGAACGAGAACAUGAAACCUGAAACUAAAGAUGCAGCUAUUACUAGCUUGCAUCAGCCAGAGGAAUUAGGUUUGUAUAAACAAGUUGAAAACACAUCUAUUCUUAUAGAUACAAAAGAGAAGGUAUUUGCUACACAAGCUUCAGAAAACUGUAGUGAGAAUGCAAGACAGGCAGAUUCUUUGUCUGCAGAAGUUCAAAACAUAAGAGAAAAUCAAAGUGGUGGUGAUGGGGAAAUUUUCAAGGAAAGAGAACAGCCUUCAGACAAUAUUCAAGGAAACACAGAGAUGACUGGUAAGGCCUCUGAAUCUACCUUAUUACCAUCAAUAUCACAGUCGCCUUCACUGGGAAAGGGUAAAAAGAUAAAAAAUAAAGCUUGUUUAGUGUCAGGUCCUUCAUCAACAUCAGUAAGUCCUUUCACUUCAGCGGGCUCUUCUGAUGGUGAGCCAAGCAGCACCACAAGCAUUCCUUCAAUUGAAGCUGUCUCUUCUCAGGUUUCAGCAAUGCAGGAUGCACUUAAUCAGCUCAUUGCCCUUCAGAAGGAUCUGCAAAACAAGAUGAGUAUGAUGGUGUCUAUACCUGUUACAAAGGAGGGGAAGAGACUGGAGGCUGUCCUAGGUCAACGUAUAGAGAAGGUAAUGAAAGCUCAUACAGAUGCUAUGUUGGCAAGAUUUCAGGAGGAGAAUGCAAAGCGUGAGAAAGCAGAACGCGAGCAUGUGCAACAGAUGACAUCACUAUCAAAUGCAAUCAAUAAAGACCUUCCUACCAUAUUUGAGCGUGUUUUGAAAAAGGAGUUUAGCUCUCUAGGCCCUAAUGUGGCACGCAUGGUUACUCCAAGUCUGGAGAAAGCAAUCUCAACUGCAAUUAAUGAUGCAUUCCAGAAAGGAAUUAGCGACAAAGCAUUGACUCAGCUGGAGAAGUCAGUUGGAAGCAAGCUAGAUUCUCUUGUGACAAGGCAAAUCCAGUCACAAUUUCAGUCAUCUGGAAAGCAGGCUCUUCAGGAAGCAUUACGAACAAGUUUUGAGACUUCAAUUAUUCCUGCCUUUGAGCGAUCCUCCAGGGCAAUGUUUGAGCAAGUAGAUGCUGCAUUUCAAAAAGGGAUGGCAGAGCACACAGCUUCUGUUCAGCAGCAAUUUGCAGGUUCCCAUUCAGGUCUUGCAUGUACUCUUCAGGAUACUGUUGCCUCUGCAUCGUCUCUUGCUCAAGCACUCAAAGGUGAGUUGGCAGAUGGACAACGCAGACUGUUAGCACUUGCAGAGGGAGCAGGAACAAGUUCAACACGUCUGCCCACAUUGAACACCAAACAGGGAAAUGGUGGCCUCAUUGGUUUGCCUGAUAAGGCCAUAUCGCUUAAACAUUUAGAAGAAACUCUUGAUCCAACAAAAGAACUUUCCAGAUUGGUUGGUGAAUGCAAAUUUGAGGAGGCAUUUCAUAAAGCUCUUCAAAUGAGUGAUGUUUCAAUUGUUUCAUGGUUGUGUUCUCAGGUUGAUCCACAUUCUCUGUUGUCAACAAUUCCUCUUCCCUUGAGUCAAGGAGUCCUUUUGGCUCUAGUUCAGCAACUUGGCUGUGAUCUUUCAAAGGAUAUGGCUAGAAAGCUGAUUUGGAUAAGAGAGGCUGCCCUUGCCCUCAAUCCAAAUGAUCAUUUACUUGCACCACAUAUGCGGCCAAUUCUUGAACAGCUAUAUCAAAAUUUGCAUAGACAAAUGAUUGUCACUAGUCCAGCAGAGACGAGUUCUCUUCGUUUGCUUCUACAUGUGGUUAAUUCUAUCUUGACAGCAUGCAAAUAACAUGCAGUUGAAUCUCAUGUAUUAUGAUCCUCCAGAGACGGAAGGUUGAAAUAACAAAUUCUGAGCAUCAUGUACAGUAGGCAGGAUAGGAAGUUUAGAUGUGUGGGGGUGUAUCUUUAAAUGUGUUCAGGUGUAUCUAUCAUACAUUUGUAUCCAUUCUACUGACUCUACCUGAAUUUUCUAAACAUGAUUUGGAGGACAAUGAAAAUUACUAGUAAUACAGCCAGCAGGCUUCUGUUC